UAGCGUCCCUAAGGAGAGGUGUUUACAGUAAAAUAUCAGUUUUAAAAAUAAAUUCCCUAGGAUUUUAUAUUUUUUUUGCGAAUUUCAAAACAAUUACAUUAAUAGUUUAAGUUUAAGUACAUAAAAAAUAGUUUUUGCUUUUGUGGAGCAAAAUAAUAUUGGAAAGUUGCUCGUCUUAAGAUUUGAUGGUUUUGUAAUUGAUAAAUUAUUCGAAUACGGCUACGUAUGUAUGCACAUACAUAUAUUUAUUAGUACGUACAUACGACAUAAUUACUUUUUUAUUGUGCUAUAUACAAGUAAUUACUGAAGGGAGUAGAUAAUUUAAUAUUUUUUUUUCGAAACACAAUAUAAAUUAUCGUUAAUUUGGUUUAAAAACUAAUAUAAAUGUAAAGUUUUGCAUGCAACAAGAGUGGCAGCCAUAACAUCCUUGAUUGUAGUGUGUUUAUGUACAUAAGUAUAAUAAAUGGAGCCUUAAGUAUAAAGUGUGUUUUCGGGAUGUUAAAUUUUUAUUUUUAAUUGAGUAACCUUUCCAUAUAUAAAUAUAAAUGAAAUCAAAGAAAUUGGAAAAUAUGGGUGAAAUAAAAUCAGUGAAAGUGGAUAAUUGGGGAGUAUUCUUCCUCCAGAAAUUACAAAACUUUUUUAAUAAGACAGAUUAUUGCGAUUUGACUUUACAAUUUAAUGAUAAUUCGCAGUUAAAAGUUCAUAGAUUAGUUCUUAAUGCAUGUACGGACUAUUUUAAUGUCUUAGAACAAACUUGUGAAAUGAUUGAUGAUGUUUUAAUUAUGCCGAAUGAACUUCAGGCUGAUUUAGUUGUACCAAUUGUAAACUUUAUGUAUACAGGAACAUUAGAAUUCGAGUUAAAAAUUUAUGGAAAGCUGCUGAAAACUGCUAGAGAUAUGAACAUGACCGUUUUGUUGAAGUUAUUGGAGGCACAUAGAAGAACGAUGGAAACAAAACCAAAAAAUCAGAAGCCUGCGAAAACAAGCAGUUUUCAACAAAUGAAAACAGCGAUGCCAAGCAUUACUAAACCUUCUCAGCAAAAGAGCACAAAUCGACCAGUUCUAGGUAACUCUGAAUCAAUUUAUAAAACUUUGCAAAUUAAGCCUUAUAGUUCAAGCAAUUUAAAACCCGGAACUAUUUUGUCAAAAUCUCAAUCAAAAAUUGUUCCAGUUAAAGGUCCAACCAGAUUUGAAUAUGAAGCAGGUGAAUCACUUACAUCAUUUGAUCCAACAUUUGAUAACAUUUCAUAUGAAAGCAAACCCCUUAAAGUAGAUUACGGGGAACAGAUCGGUCGAAGUGAAACGUCACCCUUCGAACAAUUGAGACAAACUGGUUAUAAUAAUAACAAAAGACCGGCUCAAUCGUUAUUAGAAUCACCACCAACAAAAAAGCCUAAUAUUCAAGAUGUUAAAGAAUAUGCUGAGCAACAGAGAAUGCGCAAGCAAAUUGCUGAAGAUUAUGGUGAGGAACCUGAUUUCGAUAGUAUUUUAGAUGAUGAAUUUCAUAAUGACGACGAUGAUGAGGAGUUUACUAGUAUUCAGGAAAAUACGAGACCAACAACAUCUAAAUCAACAUAUGUGCAGCAGACAUCACCUCAAAAAACACAAGCUAGUUUAAGGAAAAGUGACUCUUCUACUCAACAAAAACCUACAAUUGUUGUUAAGGAAUGUUCUUCAUCGAAUGUUGAUCAUGCGAAAAUUAUAAGUGAAGUGCUCAGAAAAUAUCCACAUUUAAUAAAAAACAAUAAAAAUAUUAAAUUAAAAAUCAUGCCCACAACUAGCGGUGGUGGAGCUCAAAAGGUUUUCAUCAAACAGGAGCCUAGUGAACAACGUUCCACUGCUCCUACAAUCAAAACAGAACCUGUUUCUCCAAAAAAAAUGAGCCAAGCGGUUUCAACGACCUUAAUAAAAUCUGAAUCCUUGUCUCCGUCAGGUAAAAAUUCACAACUAGUUGCACAGAAGCCUGCUGCGGUUUCAACCUCGUCUACUCCAAAUCAGCCGAGAAGAAUUGAUAGUAAAACUAUGAAACAAUUGAUAGCAUUAGGCGCUGAAAAUACAACAGGACCUUGGUUAUGUUUGCGUUGUGGAGUGAAUGGUCGUCCUAUAAGUAUUCCAUCAUAUAGAGGUUUUAGAAGACAUCUAGUUAAUACGCAUAAAGAGAAAAUCGAUCCAAGACUCUGUGAACACUGUGGUUGGCGCUCAAUUAAUCAAAAGGAAUUAGUUUUCCAUAUGUUUACACAACAUGACGUUCGCACAUCUAUAAGUUUUCCAAAAUGUGAACAUUGUGGCACAAUUGUAUUUGACAUGCAAGCAUUAGAUCAGCAUAUAGAUGAUGUUCAUCCAGAAGUUAAAGAGGAUAAUCAACAAUGUAUUUAUUGCAAUAAAACAUUUUCCACAGAAUUAAUGCUUUACAAUCAUAUGAAAGAUCAACACAAAGAACGGGCGCGUGAUGACGGCGUUAUUGAUUUUUCUGAAGAAGAUGAAGCAUAUGAAGAAUAUGAGCAGAAAAUGCAAAAUAUGACCGAUGCAAAAAGUGGUUCAAAAAUUCAAAUAUUGUCUGAUAUUGAUCUACCGAAGUGUAUAUCAUUGACUCAAAUUACAAAACCUGAUUCACAUAUACAGUUUGAUGCAGAUAAUUUAGUGGAAAUGCUUGGUCGAGAUAGUCAAAUUAUGCAGCCGACAGACUUGAUACCAACAAUUUCUUCUGGAAUGACGAGUGAACCGAAAUUCAUAAAUGCAGACGGUAAUGUUAUGGAAUUGACCCCAGCUCAAAGAGCUGAAAUAAUGUCUCAAUUAGAACAAGGUGGAGACGGUGUAGUCAUGGUUUUAGAUGAGUCAUUUAGCGAAAGAGUGACAGCUAAAAUUAUAGAUAAUACUGAUGAUGAUGCUAGCCAAGAAGGGGCAGAACAAGAUUCCGAUCAUAAUAUUGCAGAUGUGAACAAUAUCGCUGAGGAAACUACGGAGCAAGUAGAAGAGCAGGUUAUGGAAGAAGAAGCAGUUCAAGAUUCAAAUGAAGAUAAACAAAAUCAAACUCUAGCUGAUGAUUUGGAAGAGGAGUUAAAUGCAUGGAAACCCCCUGAAAUAUCCCGAAAAGAGAAUACUAAAAUUGAUGAUCCAGUUGACAAAGAUGAUUUGGAUGAAUCGAAUGAGAAUUUAGAUGAACAACUAGAGAAGUUAACUCAGAUGACUCAACCACUACUGGAAACAAAAAAGGUUGAGAAAGUGUCUAAAGAUGAGCUUGAUGAAAGAUUAAAAAUGCUUACAAACGAUUGGACUGAUGAUGAAGAUGAGGAAGUAGAUAACUCAUUAACCAGUCAAUCUACUUCAAAUAAAUUGGAAAAGGAGAAAAACGACGGCUCUAAAAAAGAAGUCAAAGAUCAUUCGAAAAUUGGUGAAGACAACGAAAACAUUGAGAAAGAGGAAAAUAUAGAAGAUAUCCUUAAGGGAGAUUUGGAAGAUAAGCCAGAAGAGCAAUCUGAUUCAAAGGACGAUAAAGAAAAUGAGAAAAUUGAGAGCGAAACAAAAGAAAAAACGCCGGAAAUAACAUCGCAGAAAGAUUCGGAAAGUGCAGAUAAUUCUUUGGUGGCCCAACAGGAUUCGGGAGAAUCAGAUGAUGAAGAAAAAGUUUUAAGAGAACAACCAAUUUGUGCCACGGAGGAAGAUACGCCAGUUGAAGAUAAUACUGAUACUGAUAAAAACAUCGGCACGAUUACACCACAUAACACAGAAAAUCAAAGCGAUGGUGACAAAGACGAAGAAAAGUCUAAAACGUCAGAUAUUGAAAAAAAUGAAAAAUCUUGUGAAUUGCUGAAAGAUGAAAUAAAAUUUAAAUCAGAGGAAAAUGAGCAUAAAAGCGAAAUCAAAGAAGAAAAUCUAGAGGUUGAAAUUGAGAAAGAUCAUAAAACAAGUAGCAGUUCUGAAGAAAGCAAAUUAAAGCCUCAAACUAAGGAAAAAUCUCCGGAAUCUAAAAAAGAAGAAAUUAAAAGCAUAAUUAACGAAUGGGAUGAUGGUAAUGAGGAUGAUGAUCUUUAAAUAAAAUUAUUGCUAUUAGAAUUUGAAACUACUUUAAAGCAUGAGAAAUCGUUGUCUCUUUUUAACCUACUUAUCCUUUCAUCCGAUUUUAUUUUGAAGCAACUUGGUUUUAGGUGAAAUAACAACUUUUUCUUUAUUUUACUACAACACUAUAGCUGUUAUUAAAUAUUGAUAAAAACAAUUAUGUUAUGUAAAACCUUGUAAAAAAUUAAAAAAAUUGAGUAAAAUAUACAUUACACUAUACAUAUGAUAACUGUAGAUGAAUACGUUAGAAUAAUACCAUAACUGAAUGGUAAUAAAAUGUUUCAU